AUGGCAUCCAUCACCGCGACCGCCGUAGAACUAGAGGAGCGACUCCGCAGACACUCGGCGGCAUUCACGCAGCUGCUCAACCUCAUCCCCGCAAAGAACUACUUCAGCGUCGGCGACGGUAGCACGCAAUGGAACAAGCGCAAACAAACGAAAGAGGAAUCGCAGCGCGCAAAGAAGGCCAAACUCGACCCUGACGCCUUCAUCACAACCUCAGACUUUGGGCGCCAGCAGCAGCAGCAGCAGCUCGGGGCCGAUGACACCACAGUUCUCGAAGUCCGCAACGGCGGCGAAGACGCCGCCGCAGCAGCAGCAGCGCCGGCGGCCGCCGACGAGCCACUGACAAAGAAGCAAAAGAAACAGCAAAAGAAAGACGCAAAGGCCGCCGAAGCAAUUAGCACCCCCAAACCCUCCAAGGGCAACAAAUCCAAGCCCGCUACACCCGCUGCCACCAAAAAGGAAAAGGAAACCAACACUGCCCCCCACUCCGACGACGGCUCCGACUCUGGCGGCGAAGCCGAAGAAAUCCAGCUCUCAGGCUUCACCUUCAGCACAGACCUUACUGCCAUCUCCCCGCCGCCGCCCGCAACCCCCGCCCCUUCCACACCAGCGUCCAAAAAGCCCGGCGACAUCUCGCCCGAAAUGCGGCUGGAGCAGAAGGCCCGCCUCGAGGCGCGCAUCCAGCAGCUGCGCGCAAAACGCAACGCCGACAGCCCCGACGGCACGCCCGCGCGCAACCGCAACGAGCUCAUGGCCGCGCGGCGGAAGGAGGAGGCGCAGACGAGGAAGGAGCGCAAGAAGGAGCAGCGGCUGAAGCAGCGGGUGGCCAAGAGUGCUGCGCGGGCUGGGGGUAGUAGUGGUGGAGGUGGAGGUGGAGGUGUAGUUGUGGGGACGCCGAGGGGGACACCGGCGCCUAAACCUGCGCCUACACCUGCGUCUGCGUCUGUUGCGGUGCCGGGGAGUAGCAGUGCCGGUAAAGCGGCGGAAAAACAGAAGAAGAAGAAGGCCGGAGCAAAGAAGAGCCGGCCCGGGUUCGAGGGGAGCAUAAAGGCCGGCAAGGGCGGUAGUAGUAGUAGUAGUAAGAAGGGGAGGAAAUAA